AUGGUCGCUUUGAAGUGGUCAACACAGAGUUCGAUAAAGCCGAAUGUUUUCCCGAGGAUACUUACGGAUGCAUGCCACAUAGGAAACCCAGCUUAUUCGCCCGUGAUGGAUUUGCUAUCUGAAACAGGCACAAAAUUUCAGGUGAAACACGUGGAACGUGACGGUUGCUUAUGGGUGAUAUCAGAAACAGCACCACCGGCCGUGGUCUCUGUAGAGUGCGAUUUUAAAAGUGAUUGUUCUGACAUUGAAUUCGAUCAAUUAACACUCGACGUAACACCGCACGGAACGGUCGUGCUGCUUAAGAAAUUAUUCUCAGAUCAAUACACAGAAGCAUACGUUGAUUCGUUCUAUUUCAUCAAAAUAAGGAACCCUCGAAGUCUUUUGAUGCAAUGUUUUCUGGCGAUUAUCAAAUACUUUCCAAAAAUUCGGAACGCACCUUUAUCGAUAACACGUCAACUCGGUAUUCCAGCUAAUAAUCAACUACUCUCAUGA